UUAGUUUAUUUAUACGCCGAAAUUGCCUUCUACUUUUCUUCUACGCUCCAAUUUUCCCCCAAACAUAUUCUCUCAUCAAAAUUUUUCAAUAUGAAGAAAUCGGGUUUCAUCGCCGCCUCCGUCGCCGCCGCCGCCGUCUCCGCCUCCCCUUCUUCCUCUACCCUUGUCUGCAACCCAAAAGUUCAAUUCCCUCGUCAGGAAGGAAAGGAAGGAGAGAACUCUUCGUCUUCAACGGAUAAAUUUGCUCCCAAAUUUGAUGGAUUGAGAUUCAUUGAAACUCUUGUUACGGCUCAUAGAUGAAUUGCGCCGGCGACGGUGACGGAGAAAGUGACGGCCGUGGCUGUAUUUGACGGUGGAGUGGACCCACCGCGGCCGCAACUUUGUAUGUUGCCUUGUUAUUAAAUUUUUUUUUUUUUUUUUUUUGGUUUGUUCUUUUUUUCUUGUCGAAAGAAAUGAUAGAUGACAGAAAAAGUGUUGAAAGUUUCUCAUUUUGCACAUUAAAAAAAUAAUAAUUUUACUUUAUAUUUUAAAUUA